AUGCGGCGUGGAAGCCAAGAUUUUUCGUCGCCUCGUUUGCCAGAGCCGGGCGUCGACGCUGCUGACUACCGACCUGAGGUUGAUGUGGAGCGCUUGGCGCAGCAUUUUGCGCAACGCUACGGGAGUUUGGCCGAGGCACGAAAAGCCCUGGAUCCGGAGGUGGAGCUGAAGCUGGUGGAGUUCGAGCUCGCUUUGAAGAAAUGGGGAGUGAAGGUUGACAACGUCGUGCAUUUCUUUGCUCACAUCGAUGAGGACUACAGUGGCAGCAUCUCCGUCGAGGAGCUUCUAAAUGUGCUGGACUCGCCAUUGGAUGAGAUUCAGCGCCGUGAGAAGCUGCGCCAGCGGAACGAGGUCAAACGAAUUUUUGAGGAGAUGGCACGCAGCAUCUGUGACAAGUUUGGUAGCAUCGAGGAAGCCUUCAACAAGCAUGGGAGUUGGUUGCACUCGACCAGCUCUUCCCUGUCAUUGGCACAGUUCGGCAGGCUGGCAAAACAGCUAGACAUUGAGCUCGAGGCAGCUGUGAUGCAGCGGGUCUUCAAUGAAAUCGACGAGGACAAGGAAGGUUCCAUCUCCGUUGAGGAGCUGCAGCAGGCCCUUUCCUAUCCGAUUGUGCGCUACGUGGUGGUGGAGAUUGCCAGCCUCCUGCACCAGAAGUACGGGGGUGUUGUCGAGGCUUUCGAGAGUAUCGGGGAGAUCCGUCCCGGAUCCGUCUCCAAGGUGCCGCCUCCCCCGAUGCAGGGCGAGCGGCUGCCUGUGCGCCUGGCUCCCCACGAGGGCGUGUCGCAGGAGCAUUUUCUGAAGGUGCUCAGGCAGUUGAAGGUCCUGGACAACAUCACGGACAGUGCUGCCACGAUGAUUUGGACCAGCCUGCAGCCCUUCACCAUGCAGGACUUUGUGCAGAGGCUCCUGGAAGAACACCGCCAAGCUGAAGAGGAGAAGCAGCGUCAUGAAGAGGACCGAGAAAGGCGCGAGAAGGAAAGAAAGCGGCGACUAGCCGAAUCGCUAUGCCUGGAUAGCCGACAGAGAGCAGCCAAGGAGGUGAACUCCUGGCUCGACGAAGUGAGGUAUCUCGAGGCUGCCGUGGCUCGGACAGUCACUGCUCGCUGGGCGGCCCUUGCUCGUGUAGGCGCUUCCAAGACACAGCUGCGCGACUACGUUUCGGUGCUCCAAGGGCUCAUCAACGCGAGCACGGAAAGCGUGGAGGAGCUCAAGCGAUCCUUGGGUAUCGAAUCCGGAGUGCCAGGUCCUCCAGCGGCUUCGCCAACGCCGUUUGCGGGUGGCAGCACGCCGCGCUUCUUUGGAGGUUCGGAUAGCCAGCAGCCUGCGCAGAGUGGUGGGGGCACGCCUCUGCGUCCAUUGGGUCCGGCUCCCUCCCCACAGGGGGCAAGCCUGGACGAGAACAUGCAGUCGGAGCAUCGCACGCGGCUGGCAGAACGACUAAGCCAGGCGGCCACGGUGGGCGAUGUUGGGGCUGUGCAGAGGAUCCUCCUCCGACGGGCUGAUCCCAACUCGGUGGUUUGGGGCGGGGUCACAGCCCUGAUGAGUGCCGCGCGGCAUGGCCGGGUGCAGGUCGCCAAAUUGCUCCUAGCGAACUCAGCAGAGCCGGCUCGCACCGAUAUGCUCGGCCGAACUGCCCUGGACCACGCACGCUCCCAGCCAGCGCGGCUGCGAGAGUGGCUGCGUGGGAGGGGCGUUCUGGCGCGGGCUGAGUUGGAGGGGUCUGCGGAAGCCUUGGGCAGGCGGCUUCUGGAGCUCCAGAAGGAGUGGCGGAGGCUGGAGGAGAUGCGGAACCAGAUUCCCAGUGAGGAUGUCAUCCGGAGGACAAAUCUUCUCCUGCGUUUGGGGCGUGCGAGUUCACACCCGGAUCCGGGCCAGGGAACUCCGGCACUGAGCGUGGGUUCGCCUUAUCCUGGCCAUCUAUUGGUGCCUGGAUCUGCCCCCGGCACGCUCACGCCGCUGGAGCGCUCCUGCAGCUAUCCUGGCCCCGCACCAGUCCCAGCAAUGCCUGCAAGAGCACUGAAGCAGGUGCAGCUCAGCCUGCCGCUGCCGAUGAAGUGA